UUACAAAAUAAAAAAAAAAAAAAAACUCAAGAAAAUUUCUCCAAAAAAUCCAAACAAAUUUCAAUAUAAACUAAAAAUUUACACAAAAAACCUAUCAAAUUUUGAAAAUCAAAAUAACAUCUCGCCAAAUUACCAUUACUAUCAUUAAAAAAAAAAAAACAUAAACAAACAUUGAACUGAAAAAGUAAAAAAAUUCCCAGCAAGAAAAAAUCCCCCCCUCAAAACGACGACGACAAGAAGUUUUUUCCAAAAAGUGUAUAUACCCCCAAUAGAAAAAGACACACACAUGAAGAACGAAAAAAAUAAUGCAAAAAUAUAUAAAAAAGACCACUGAGAAAUAAAAACACGAAGAAAAAAAAAUAACCACCAUUAUUCUCAUGUGUGCAUGUUAAUUGCUCAUUUUUUUUAUACUUUAUUAUAAUUCGUUCAUUUUUUUCGCCCAUAUCUUGUUCUCUUCGCCAGAGCAAAAAAAAAACCGAUAGCAAACAUUACAAAAAGAAAAAAAUUAGAAUUAGAAAAUUAAGUAAAAAAUUAGUUGAAAACAGUUGAAAAAAAAAAACAGAUCCGAAAAAACUACUCCAAUUGCGCUCGCUCUACUACAUGGCACAAGUUGAAAAAGAAAUUCUACAAAAAAUUCUAUAAAUAGCAGGACUUUUUUUCGGUUUUCCGUUGGUUUUUUUUUUUUGUUUGUGUGUUUUUAGUGUGUCUCUCGCUCGGCUUCGCUCGUUCAAAAAGCGCUAGCAGCGGUAACACACGUUAAACUAGAAGAGCCAGAAGCUAGCACACAUUAGCUAGCAGUCGCGUCAGCUAACCAGCUACGAAAGGAAGCCGCCUUCUCUUGGUCGUUCUUUAGGUCGUUCUUCAAUCGUUCGUCGUUGUCUUGUCGUCCCGUUGUCAUCUUCGUCGUCGUUGUUUAGAAGAGAAGCUAUAAAAAAAGUUAGUUGUCGAAGUCGUCCCCCUUUUUCCGAGAGGUGAAAACUGUCAACCCAACAACAACAAUAUGUCUUCGAAUAAUCAAUCGAGCCAAAACCAGGCCAACAGUAAUAAUCAAACGCAGCAGCAGCAGCAAUCUUCUCAGCCAAAACAGUCAAAUAGUCAAAAUGAAUCUAAUAACACUUCAGCAGCAUCACAAAAUUCAAACUCUAGCCAACAACAAUCGAGUCCAACUAAAAAGUCUGCUUCUGCUGCACUCCCAACGCCCACCCAAAGCACAAAAGAUCGUGUAGUCGACACGGUGCCAUUCCCUCCCAGUCACAAGUUGACCAUGUCGGAGGUAUUCGAUGCUAGAACUGGCAAAAUACAACACGAAGUACUUAAGCAGCAUUUCAUUCUCGAAGGCCGUAUCGAGGAUGGCCCAGCGAUGCGAAUUAUCCAAGAGGGAGCCACAUUGUUGCGCUCUGAAAAGACCAUGAUUGAUAUCGAAGCGCCAGUUACAGUUUGUGGCGAUAUACAUGGUCAAUUUUAUGAUUUAAUGAAGCUAUUUGAAGUCGGCGGAUCACCGUCCACAACCAAGUAUCUCUUCCUCGGCGAUUAUGUGGAUCGGGGUUACUUUAGUAUUGAAUGCGUUCUAUAUUUGUGGGCUCUAAAGAUCACCUACCCAAAUACGCUAUUUCUUCUGCGUGGCAAUCACGAGUGUCGCCAUUUGACAGAAUAUUUUACAUUUAAGCAAGAAUGCAAGAUCAAAUACUCGGAACGGGUAUAUGAUGCUUGUAUGGAUGCUUUUGAUUGUCUGCCGUUGGCGGCGCUUAUGAAUCAACAGUUUUUGUGCGUUCACGGCGGGCUGUCCCCCGAAAUUCACGAACUAGACGAUAUACGUCGUUUGGAUCGUUUCAAAGAGCCACCAGCAUUUGGGCCAAUGUGUGAUUUGUUAUGGUCAGAUCCGUUAGAAGAUUUUGGCAAUGAAAAGAAUUCGGACUUUUAUACACACAAUUCAGUACGUGGUUGUUCGUAUUUUUACAGCUAUGCAGCAUGUUGUGAUUUCUUGCAAAAUAACAAUUUGUUGUCAAUAAUACGAGCACAUGAGGCGCAGGACGCCGGCUAUCGUAUGUAUCGUAAAAGUCAGACAACUGGUUUCCCAUCGUUGAUAACAAUCUUUUCGGCACCGAAUUAUUUGGAUGUGUAUAAUAAUAAGGCGGCUGUAUUGAAAUAUGAGAAUAAUGUUAUGAAUAUUAGGCAAUUUAAUUGCUCACCACAUCCGUAUUGGCUUCCGAAUUUUAUGGAUGUUUUCACUUGGUCGCUGCCAUUUGUUGGUGAAAAAGUCACCGAAAUGUUGGUGAAUGUUUUGAACAUUUGUUCGGAUGAUGAGCUGAUGUCGGAGAAUGAGGAUGGUGGUUUGGUGGAUCCAGAUGAGGCUGCUUUGCGAAAGGAAGUUAUACGCAAUAAGAUUAGAGCUAUUGGAAAGAUGGCGCGUGUGUUUUCGGUAUUGAGAGAGGAAUCGGAAUCGGUGCUACAGUUGAAGGGAUUGACUCCGACGGGUGCUUUGCCAUUGGGAGCAUUGUCGGGUGGCAAACAAUCGCUGAAGAAUGCCAUGCAAGGGUUUUCGCCUAAUCAUAAAAUUACAUCAUUUGCAGAAGCUAAAGGAUUGGAUGCUGUUAAUGAGAGAAUGCCACCGAGGAGGGAUGGAGGCACUGGACCAACACCUUCGCCUGGUGAUGAAGCUAAGUCAAUAGCUGCGGCAGCGGCUGCAAAUGCCAGCAAUGUUGUUAGUGGAUAGAUUUGGUAAAUAAGAAAAGAACAAAGUCAUUAAAAACAAAAAACAGUUAUUUAACAAAAAAUAAAUAUAAUUAACUCCGCUUCUGGAGAUUAUGAGAAAAAUAAAUAAAAAUCUUAAAUCAAAUACAAGUCGAAACAAAAUAAAUAAAAAAAAAGAUAAAAAAAUACAAAAAAAAAUUAUCGUCCUAAAAGAAUCGUCGUUAUCUAUCAUUAUCGCUCGGCAUUUCACCCACACUCACACAUACUUUAUAUACAAACUAAGCAACAAACAACAAUUCCUUUCUUUCUUAAGAAAAAUUAAAAUACAAAAAAAAAAAUACAAAAAGAAAAUUUAAAUUAAAAAAUGAACAAUCUUAUUCGAAUCUUAGUUCUUAAAAAGAAAAUAAAAAAAUUAAGAAAAAAAAAUCUAAAAAAAAACAAACUGUUAAUAUAUUUAUAUUCCUAUAAAUUUCGCCUGUUUUUUAUUAAUUAUUAAAACUAUAUUAUUUUUUUGUUGAUUUUUUUUUAUUACAAAAAAAAAGAAAAUUUAAAAAAAAAAAACUAUUUAUAUAUACAAAAACUUUUUUAUUUUUUAUUUUAUAUAAUAUAUAUCGUAGUUGUUAUUCUAUUGUUAAUUUUUUCUGUUCUCUAUUUCUCACUUUUAUCUCUAUUUCUAUCUUUUUCUUCUUUUUUUAAAUUAUUUUCUAUAUAGAGAAACUGAAUUUAUUAUUACAACAAAAAAUAAAAGAAAAAGAAAACAAAAAAAGUUAUUAUUAUAUAUUAGUGUAAGUUUAAAAAAUAAUAAAUAAAACAAAAUUUUAAAUAAAAAAAAAUACAAUUUUUUGAAAUUUUCUUCUCAAAUCACAAAAAAAAAAAAAAAACAGUAACACUCACACAUUACUUAGUCAGAAAAAUAAAAAUAAAAAUAAAAGAAACAAAAAAAAGGAAGGAAAUUUCAACACCUUAACAGUGUUUGCCAAAGAAUAUUUAACAAAAAACAAAAAAAAAAAAAAUGAUACAAUUUUCUCCUUAAAAGUUAAUCUCGAAAUAAAAAAAAAAAAUAUAAUCAAUCAUUGAAAAAAAAUCAAAUUUAAUAAUU